CUUAAUUAGAAUGUGUGAGUUUUAUGGUUUGUCCGCAUGUCCGCAUGCCCGCGUUCACCUAACCAAAUACCGCAAGUUUGUGGAGUCACGAGGAUUGGCGUACUGUAUGAGGUAUUUAUCGCAGCGGUUAUAUUUGAUUGGAUUGUUGUAUUGUACUUUACAAGUCAAGGCUGGAGAUUUAUCUUCUCCAUUCUCUCAUAAAGUACGUGGCAGUGAGGCGUCGAACUACGAAUAUAUAACAAUCCUACAACGAUGGCAAAAGGACAAUCACAGUGUUGUUUUUGUGUUCUAUCCAUUUUGAUUAUUUUUGGUGUUGGUUUGCUAAUCUCUGGUAUUGUCGUGGCCGUGUUAGGAUCGUUUACAGAACUUGUUGAUAAAGAAAUAAGGGAGGGAGUGCCAUUGAAAAAAGGCUCGACGAGUUUCAAAAACUGGAAAGAUCCUGAUGGCGAUUAUUUCAUUGAAUAUUAUCUUUUCAAUAUUACAAAUACAAGCACUGGUGAUCAGAAAAAACCACUCGUAAUCCAAGAGAUCGGUCCUUAUACGUACAGGAAAGUGGCGAAAACGAACGUUCAAGAGAGACUGGGUCAAACCUUGACCUACAACUCAACGACUCAUUAUCAAUAUGAUAAAUCUAGAUCUUGCUCCGGCUGUGACCCAAUGAAAGACAUAUUUACAACAGUAAAUUACCCGUUGCUAGUUGGCUUACGAGGAUUACAAGCUAAACUAGCCAAAACCAGUGGUAACGCCAGCAAAGAUUUAAUAGAAAGAUCUGUUGGAGGACUUGGAGCGUUAAAAAUUGAUAUUUUUCAGAGCCGAUCAGUGGAUGAAUUUUUGUGGGGAUAUCAAGAUCCAGCAUUUGCUCAAUUCUUUAAAGGAGAUCCAAAAAAAAGAUACGCCCUGCAGUUUAACAACAGUGAUAGUUACAUCUCAAAAAUUCACACUGGAGAACACGACGUUGACAGAGUAGCGGAGUAUCUGGAAUGGAAAGGAAAACCGGCACUACCAUAUUGGAACAGCAAAUACGCUAACAUGAUCAAUGGAACAGGUGGUACUAGAUUUAAACCUUUUGUUGAAAAAGAUGAUGAGUUAUACGCCCUUGUAACUGAGAUUUGCAGAUCACUGAAACUCACCUAUGAUUCGACUGUGACAGUUCAUGGUAUUGACCUCUACCGGUUCACUCCUCCGAAAGACGUUCUUGAAAGUGGUAACGUAAACCCAGAGAACAAAGGAUUUUGUGUGACUGGUUCUUCAAAGAAAUGCCUGCCUUCUGGUUUACUUGAUGUUCAGUCGUGUAAAGGUGGUGCAAAUAUAGCUCCUCCAUUUGUCGCGUCUACACCGCAUUUUUACAAUGCUGAACCUUAUCUCCAUGAAAUGUUCAAUUUAAUGCCAAAGAAAGAAAAACAUGCAACAUUUGUUGAUAUCGAAAAGAACACUGGAGUUACCAUGCAAGGCCAUAAACGACUUCAAGUGAGUUUCGCGGUUCAAAAGAGCUUGGAUAUAAAAACAAUACUGCAGAAUCCCACUUCACAGGAGUUCCUCUUUAUUCCCACAUUCUUCACAGACGACUAUGCCAGAAUAAGUGAAGAAGAUGCAGACGAUUUCAAGAAAAGUGUUCUUCUUCCUUUGCGAGUUGCUAAAGCCAUGCCAUAUGUAAUGAUUGGUCUUGGGGCAUUGCUGUUGAUCAUUGCUGUAAUUAUUACUCUCGUCCGACGCCGGAACAGGAGAAAAAUGAAUGGUGUUACUGAUAGAAAUCUCGGCAAAGAAAAUUAUUCAAUUUAGGAGGAUCUGUUCCAUGCCGGUACUUUUCAUCAAAGCUCGCAAUUUUGGUAAGAAAGUUCUUGGUGCGGCGACUUUGGAUAACAUUAAUAAUAUAAAAUUUGUUGUGUUGACAAUAAAUCCGAUGCUCUUCAUUCAUGCACUACUAAUUUCCGUGCGCCUACAUUCAGGGGGGUUGCAUUAAAUGAGUUAUAUGAGAAAUUUGUUUUGUCUUGAAACGAUGGAUCUUCCAUCAACGCAUACAGCUGAUACUGAAUAAAGCAUAUAAUCGGUAUUUCCCCGUUGCACUUAAUGUGCUUGGCAGCAGUGCUACAUCCAGUGCAUGUAUUAUAUAAGUCAAAAUAGAUUGCAUGCACUGCAGUACAAUUGUGAAUCCAUAUAUUAUACCUGCAUGUAUGAAUAACGAAAACAACGAUGCUUUUAUCAGUUAUGAUUUUCCAAAAACUGGUGUUAAAGAAGCGUUUUUUUUGUCCGACUAACUCGGGAAGAUAAUGAAUCUCUAUUGGUAGUACGGCUUCGAAAUUAGUGUUUGCGCCAUGAUAUCAGAUCGGGAUUUGGCUUCAAGUAAUUGCUGAAAAGUAUUGGUUUUAUUUUUAACACCGCAGAUAUAGUAAAUAAAGUAUUAAAAUUUCUACACAUAAAACACGGCUUUGGGGAACGGUCGUAAUAUUUAAUUUUUGAUCAUGAUUUUGUCUUGAUGUUGGUAACACAAAUUCGUUGAUCAUUAUAUAUAUAAAUAAUGUAGCUAAGAGGUAAAAAUUUCUUAUAUUUA